ACGUUUAGACAGGCGAGGCAGUCCGCGCAGCGAGGGCAAGAGACUGGAGGGAGCGAGCCAGCUGAAUGAGGGAGAAUCGACCCCUCCUGUAGAGCCUCCUGGAAUGAAAGUGGGCGGGGUGGGUGUACAGGCAAUAAAACAAGGGCCGGGAUGGCGGGGAGGGCCUGGACCGGGGCCGGCAGGAGGGGUGGUCCGUCUGUUCAAUACUUCAACUAUGUGACUUAUCCCGGCAAACACGUCUGCUCCGCGCGGCACUUCCCCCAAUAACAUAUCUUUCAUACCCGCUGCGAGCCCCUUCUGCGUCCUGUUUCAUAUUGGUCGGGUCUGACGGGCCGAGGGACGCUCUCUAGGGGCGCUCUGAUCGAUGAACUUCGCCACUGAUUGAUUGGUUCUGGUGUUUGCGUUGUUGGCAGCUUCAGGGGGUCGGGUAUUUGACACGCGCUCGCUAACCCGGAGAAUUCGUCCAGUCUGGGAAUUGGUUGGCUGGUCAAACACCGCUGCCCGGCACAAGUCUUCAGCCGCCCAGAGGUCUAUGCUUCUUUUAUCUCAGACGUGGUCUUCGUUGGGAAGCGGCUGGUUCUGCAGAGGUGGCGAUGGUGUGAGGAGGUGUGUGAAGGUGUGCAAGGAAGGUGUGCUUGCGGUGCGAGGUAUGAAGAGAGGAAGGGAGGUGUGGAGGCGAGGUGAUCGUUCAUUAUGAGGGGUGAGCGAAAGUUAACGGGCCCUGGCUUGCGUUACCCAGACGGGCUCACGGUCUGGUAUUCCAAUAUUGUUAAUCGCAUCGUGAUGUGGUAUUUUGGUAAUUUUAUCAUAUUACAAUGAAAAAUUCCUGCUUGCCCCCCAUGGUAUCGGCUGGUAGGGCGAGGGCUCAGUGUGUGGGGCCUGGUGGUGAAGGACACAUCCUCCUCCUAUUCUUCCUCCUUCUGCUGCCGGCCAGGGCGCGACGCUCCUACAGGGUGCAAUCGUGAUAUUUUUCCCGCCCGACAGCUGGCAGGUGGGGGAGGGCGGUGGGCGGGAGGUGAGGAGGAGACGAGGCGGUGCGAGGCGGGGUGGGCGUCCGACUCUUCCGCCUCUUGCAUCAUAACUCUGCCGUGAGUACCUCUGCCUGAAGGUACCGCUGAGGGUGGCGGCAGGCAGAGGCGCGACCAGAACAAUUGAAAAUCCUUGCUUCGUGCGUUGGUGCGGCUGACGGUGCUGGUGCCGCCGCGGGGAGGACAGUGAACGAGGGUGCGGGAGUGAGCCACGCUAAUCUCUUGACCGCAAAGUUUAUGGUGAGUUAUGGUGGAAUGAAGUGAAAAAAAGUCAUAUGCAAUUAACUAUGGCGAUGUCAGUCCUACCAGCCAAGAGUGUGGCUACUCAAAAAUAGUUAUUGUGAUGAUCGCAUUCGGAUAAAGGUUGGAUGUUGACGAGAAGUGGUAACACUGCUCCUGAUACAACGUGGAUGGCAGGGGACAUGCCUUCUGUCACCCACACACAUCCUCAUCGUGCGUCGCAGCAAAUUAUGGAUGCCACAAUUUCGCCAUAACGAUGUAUAGAGCAGCCUGCGCCUCCUGCGACGACGACUACCACUGCGCGAAUACCCGUGAAUAUAGUUUACUAUUACUUUGUUUUAUAUGGGCAACUUUCCCUUCGUAGAGUUUUUAAAGUCACAAAAAGUUGUUUGUGGAGAUGUGAUUGAAGUAAGGCAGCAGUACACAUAAUUAUCACUUGCAAACUUGUUAACUUGUGCGCAUAAAUUAGAAGUGGAUAAAUGAGUAUUGCAUCUUGCAUAUAUGUUUACUAAAUUAUUUCUAGAGGUAGAUCCAAGGACGUGACGGCUGUGAAGGAGAAACACACAUUGAAAAUCGACAUUGCCCACCAUAAUAACUUAGAGAACUUAGUCCUGGAAAAGAUAACUUAGUCCGAAAUAUAAUAAUAAUAAGAAAAGAGCAUGUGCUUGGUGAUAAUGAAAAAAAUUAGCAUGCUUACAAAAUGCAGUUAUCAGAAAAAAUAACAAACUUUAGAAGUGUGCACGCUGAGUAUCCACAAACCACUAUUACUCAAACAAGAUGAACCAGUGUGAAUAAGUGUGUUAUUGAUAAUGGAAACAAGUGUAGCUACAGCGAGAACACUUCAACUAACCCAAAUUCGUGUCGAGAACAGGGAAAACUCGCGCAUAUGAGUGGAAACAGCAUCCGUGUAAUCUAUGGAAAGUUAACAAGUAGCUAUUCAGGAAAGCAAGACGCAUAUACUGAAGGAAAUACAAAAGAAACGCCUAAAAUAACGAAAGUUCGAUCGUAGUGAAAUUAUGGAAAACCUGAGCAUAGGAGUAAAAACAGCAACCUAGUAAUGUGUGAGGAGUUAAACAAUAUAUGCAAGACGAAUAUACUGAAGGAAAUACGAGAGGAACGCCUAAAAUAACAGAAAUUCGUAAUGAGAAUAAGGAAAAGAUCAUUGGAGUGAAAACAGAUAAUACUCAGGUAAGCAGGACGGAUAUGCUGAGGAAAACACAAGUAAAUAUGUACCAAUAAGAGCUAGGAGUGAAAAGAGACAAUAUUCAAGGCAAGCAAGACGAAUACACUGCAGGAAAUACAAGUUAAUGUGUUCCGAUAGGAGUUGAACAGUGGUGAUGGUGGCGGCGUCGCGGCCCCCCACCAUGAGCAAGCUGCCGAAGUACCGCCUGCAGGACGUGGGGGCCGGGGGCGCGGGCUCCUCACAGACACCAACGCCUGACCUCCAGACUCAGCAGCAGCAGCAGCAACAGCAACAGUUUGCCGCCGCUGUUGCGUCCACGAGUACGGCGUCAGCACCUUUGCCACAGACCCCAGUAGCAGGCGCGGUCUCGGCCACAGCAGCAGCACCUCCCGCUCCCGUCCCUCCCGCCGCCGUUGCUGUGUCGGCUGCUGCGGCUGCUGCUGUCACCCACGGCGGCGUGUGCUCCUCCCCCGUGGUCUCGCAGCAGCAACAGCAGCAGCAACAAACACAGCAGCAGCAAGCGGUCUCCCAUGCAAUCAAAACCGACGAAAAGGGCGAGCCGCAGCACGCCGACGCCCACUACAUUUCCGCCAACUGUGUGGUGUUAACUUACUUCAGCGGCGACCUCGCGACGGCCGUGGACGAGCACUUCUCCCGGGCCCUCACGCAGUCCUUCAGCAAGACCAGCAAGGACCCGUGCCCGAUGUCUCAAAGGAACCUCCCAGCCUCCUUCUGGAACAGCCAUUAUCACGCGGGGGUGUCGGGCUACGGCGGCGCGGGUGGCUCCGUAGCGCUGGCAGGGCACGAGGGCCUCUACCCAGACUACUCCAGCCUGCACGGCCUCCACCAGGGCGAUCCGUGGGCCUACAACUUCACCGCGGCGGGACAGUACCCUCACCACCGCUCCAUGGCUGACUUCACCUACAUGCCCUCUUCCUCAAGGUAUCCCCACAACUACUCGUCCUUACUGAUGGGUCGCGCGCCGCGGCUGCCUCAGUGCGUGGUGGGGAAGGCUGACCCCUGGAACCCUGCGCCCCGCCUUCACGAAGAGAUGACCUUUGACCCCGCCGCCGCCUACAGCCACCACUUCUCGUCCAUGUCAGGGUUGGAGGGCACCGGAGCCACGCAGGAGGGCAGCAAGGACCUCUAUUGGUUCUAGUCUGGUCACCGCCACCACCACACGCAGCAGUCCACGCCGCAGCCUUAACGCCACGCUGCCAAAGGACGACGGUGAAGACGCAGCGUUAGAGCGAGGGUUCAGUGGGGACGUGGCGGUGACAGACUAGUGAGCGUUCCUGUUCUGACUGUUUGUUGGUGUGCGCAAAAAACUCAUGACGGUGGGAAAAUGGAAACUGUGGCGGUGAAUCUUGACAAAUGAUGCUCUGUGUGAAGUGUAUAAGCACUGUCGAGUGAUGUACAGAUAAUAAAAUGGAAGACAGUGCGGUGAAGAUUCUGGUUACGGUGGUGUCAUGGCUGGGUCUAAGCAGUGACGAGUGAUGUGAAAAGAAUUAAACAGAAGACAGCGCGGUAAAGAUUCAAGCGACGGUGGUUUCAUGUCCGAGUCUAAGCAGCGUCGAGUGAUGUGCAAGGAAUAGAAUAGAAGACAGCGCGGUAAAAAUUCGGAUGAUGGUGAUUUUAUGUCUGGGUAUGACGCGCAGACACUAACUUAGAGCUCACUGAUAAUAAUGAUGACUUAUAUAUCUUGGUGUACCGAGUUUCCACACGACUGUGAACAUUACGCGAAGACAUAUAUAAAAAAGACUUACGGGGUGGCGCUAGUGAACGGAGGAAAACCUUAAUGGAAAAAAAUAUAUGUGAAGGUUUAUUUUACUGCAAUUACGCAUAUUACCGAGACCUAAAAGAAAACAAAUUUCCCAACAACGUAGACAAAUGACAAACUGGAUGAGCGAAGACGGCAAUGGAGAAGAAACGGUGACAAGCGGCCAAGGCGGUGAAUCGAAUACUUCACUGGUGUCUGAGAGUGAAGAGUACGGACAUGUCUUCGGUGAGUAAAAAGAACCUCGGCAGAAAGAAAGUGUAUUGGUGGCAGUCAUGGUCAUGGGAAAAAUUACAAGGAGGACCAACUUACUGUGAAAUACGAAGGACAAUUUUACUUUAACGGCAAAUAAACAGAACACCAGACCCGCACAGUGGAAAAUGAAGCACAUAAAACGGAAAAUGCAUCGACAACAGGUGUGAACGAACAGUAAUGACCGCGACAAUGUAAUGUGUCCAGAUUAGUGAAAUUAACGUGUUUGUUCGCGCUGCCCAACCCUCGUCAGGAUGUGUAUCGAUCUGCGCAUAGCGAGGAUAGAGUGAGUGACGGUGAGCGUGUCGGGAACAGGAAAUACACGCGUGGUUAUCAGCGCUGCCCACACUCCGACAUGAAAAGUAUUUGUAAGCGGGUAAAAAGAAAAGGCAAGGCAUAUUAGUGACGGAAAACGUGUCGGAAACAGGAAAUACACGCGUGGUUAUCAGCGCUGACAACACUACACAAUAUGGAAACUAUUAACACGAGUAAAAACAGACAAAACAAGGAAGAUUAGUGAAGGAAACUGAUAGAUUGUUGGAUUAUUUAGUCACGCCGCCGCAUAGUGACAGAAAACCAAUUCCUGAAUCCCUCGUGGCAGCUAAAAAGGACUGUAGGUUUAAGAGCAUCGGGUUGGGAUGAAACUUAGAGGAAAGGGUGUGUCACGGCGCCGCAUAGUGUCGGAAACCACUCCCUGCACCCCGCGUGGCAGCUAUGAGGGAGUGUAGGUUUAAGAGAGUCGAAAUGAGAGGGAAUUUAAAGCAAAGGGCGUGGAAGUGAGCGGUGUUGGCCCCUCCCGACGCGGCGGCCUCCAUGACACCGCCGCUUCCGCUAACACUGGACUGGAAUGCGUUAAAAGUGUGGUAAUCAUAUGCCGUAGAGAGCGGAAAUUUACGUUAUCAUGUCAGAGUGAAAGGAAAAAUAAAACGGAUUACUGAACAGGAAAGAGACCGAAAUAAUUCACACACACAUACACGCUCAUACAAAAAAUGCGUUGUAAAUGUGGUAAUCAUAUGCCGUAGAGAGCGGAAAUGUGCGUUACCAUGACAGACUGAAGGGAAAAAUAAGUCACAAUACUUAGAAGGAGUGAAACCGCAAAAUAAUUAACACACUCAUACACGCACACGCACACACAAAAAAAUAUAUACAUUUGCACAUACGCCAAUUUCUUAAACAUCGUAUUAGUAUUUAUCAGCAGUUAUGUGGCAAAUUUGGGUUUUUUAUUUCCAUUUUCCGUUGGAUUUUCACAAAUUUGAGUCGACAGAUUACCAACUCAGUCGUAAAAUGUUAUAUAAAAAAAAUCAUCAAAACCAACUUACCACGCCUUGAAAAACGGAUCAGAAAAGACAAACCAGCCACUUUAUAGUUUGUUGAAGACUAAUACAUACACACAUACACAUACAUACACACACACCUGAUCCAUUCCCUUCGCGGUCACGAGUUAGGUUUUCAGCGUCUCCUCCCAGCCUUCCUGAGCGCCGUGGAUUGAGUGCUGAGCCUAAGGAGUGUCAAGACAGAAGAGGCGGUGGAAAAGGAUGAUCCAGAGUAUAAAAGAUAACAAAAAAGGAACUUAUAUGAGAAAUGAUGAAAAGAAAUCAAAUACGACUAAGAAAUCUUCAAAAAAUGCGGAAAUAAGCACAGCAAAAAGAACACAGAAUAUAAGAACAACAAAUAUAAAAGAGAAAUGAUAAAAAGAAAUGAUAUACGACAAAGAAAUCUUCAAAAACUGCAGAAACAAAGCAUUACAAAAAUAAGAGAGCAUACAACCACAACAAAUAUAAAAGAGAAAUCACAAAAAGAAACCAUUCACGACAAAGAAAUCUUCAAUAAACGCAAAAACAAACCAUUCGUCUUCCACAACCCAACGUCACUAACCAGACAUAUUUUUUCUUCGCCACGAGGUAAAUUCCUGUACACGUGGUAAGUUAAACGGAGCAGUACAACACUAAUGAAUAAUAUGAUAAGGACGCAGUGUUCAAGGGAGGAGGAAGAAGACUACGCCGGGGACGACUUAUGCGUUCAAGCGUUCGUGUGUCCUCCCCCUUUAUAUAUUUGUACAUAGAAAUUUACAUAUACAAGGCUAGAGAUACUGACUUCCAUGACAUGUGUUAAUAACGAGCCCCGUGUACCUGUGAGUGUAGUGAGGCAAAUAUUCAUAAAACGAUACUCAUUUGUUUACGUGCUGAGUAAGUGUGUUCGAUUCCCUAUGUAGGAUUAUGCAAUGGAGGAAGUUCGGGGUCUGAUUCGGUUCUCGGUGGUAAAUAUAAACGAUAGAAGGGGUUGAGUUACUUCCCUUAUCUCUCUCACUUGUUCGGUAAAUUUGUUAUAAGGGAAAAAAAACAAUCCUCCAUUCCAUAGUCUCAUGUUAUUCCUUCAUUCGAGUCUAUUUCAUGUUGUUUCCAGUAAUGACGUGACGAUAUCUUUGUGCCCGGCCGGUGUGAGAUGUCGGCGGUGACUGAGCUGGAGGUAUAAGGAGAAAGGAGCGUGAGGCGUGAGUUGAGGCUGUACACGUUUGACUCUUGUUAUCAUGGUAAAUACGGGGCACCACGGAGGUUAGCCGAGUCACCGUCUUCGUCACUAUUCAGAGCGAGCCUUCACCAAGACUAAUUUGUCACUUGAGUGGUGAUUUAGACAACAGCCAGUCAGUCUCCACGCGUCACACUCAGAAUUGGUGAUGUAGAAGUGUUCAGACGACUGGCUUACCAACUCUAGUGACUGAUCGGCCUUCACCAAGACUAAUCCGUAACUAGAGUGGGGAUUUAGACAUCAUCCAUAUCAGUCUCCGGUCUUCCCAUCCAAUACUGGUGACGAGGUUCUGUUCAGACGACUGGAUCACCAACUCAAGUGACUGAUCGGCCGUCACCAAGACUAAUCCGUGACUAAAUUGGUGAUUAAGAGAGCACCAGUCGGUCUACACGCGUUAUAUCAAGUGUUGGUGACAUGGUACUGCUGUGACGUCUGGGUGUGGUGCAGGGUGACGGGUGAAUGGUGACGGAUGAUUGGUGAAUGGUGACGGGUGAAGGGUGGAUGGUCUGGGUGACGGGUGGGUGCUGUGGCUGCCCUCCCCAUCACCCCUCAUCACCCCUCACCCCUUUAACAGCUGCCACGUGUCGUCAGAUGAUCUCCCCAACCCUCCCCUCUCCUCCCUCCUCCCUUUCCUCCCCUGUAAGACUCACGCGCUGUAUAGUUACCGCUUGCGACACCUUGAAUAAACUCUAGGACUAUACAUACAUACCUACAUUAACCCGCAGCAAGUUAUUUUAGGUGGUAUACUAAUGAAUUGAUAUUUUUUUCACGUUAAGAAAUGUAAUAAAACUGUUCGCUACUGUUAUUGUGAUUUUCUUUUGUUGUUCUCCAGCUGACCCAUGAGAGUUAUGAUGCAAGAUAGUGUGUGUGUUUAGGAUU